GGGGAGGGGAUGAUCAGCGUCCGCCUUUCCACUGGGAAGUUCGUCUGGACUACUGCUGAAACAUUUUCAGGGAGAAAAACAACAGACUGGCUAACAUGUUGCCUUUGGUGGAAACCCGGUGAUUAUGCGGAACAGCGAGUACAUGACGUUUUUUUUUUUUUUAAACCAGUAUUCCGGGUUUUUUACAAGAUUUUCGGUCACCAACAAGAGCAACAAGUGAAGUUUCCGCGGAAGGAUACAGAGCACCGAGAUGGGAAAUAUGAUACUGGUGGUGUUUCUGCUGCUGCACCUGCCAACAGAGCUGCUGUCCAUUCAGGUGGUUGUUCCAGAGGUUGAGAGAACAACGAUGCUGUUUGCUUCGGUGACGAUCCGCUGCGAAUACACAACAUCAGCCAACCCCCAGGAGGUCCUCGUCACGUGGAGAUUCAAGUCGUUCUGUAAAGACCCAGUUCUGGAGUACUACUCCACAGCUUAUCAGGCGGCUCUCCAGAUCGGUCAGGAUCCUGCCAAUGACUGCCCAGACAGCCAGCGCACAGUUCGGACCGUCAUCCAGAAGAGGGGCAUCAAUGAGCCAACGCUGGGGUCAGAGUACAGAAAUCGUAAAAUCACAAUCCAAAACAAGGCUGACUUGGUGAUAAAUGAGGUGAUGUGGUGGGAUAACGGCAUGUAUUACUGCAGCAUCGAUGCUCCUGGUGACACCACAGGCGACUCGGAUCGAGAAGUCAGACUCAUCGUGUACCACUGGCUGACUGUCCUGUUUAUUAUCAUUGGCGCUCUGCUGCUCAUCAUGCUCUUCUGCAUAUGCUGCUGUCAGUGCUGCCCGCAAAAAUGCUGCUGCUAUGUCCGCUGCCCCUGCUGUCCACAGACCUGCUGUUGCCCUGAAAAAGCUGUGAUGCAGCAUCGGAUGCUGAAACAAGCUCAGAAAGCCAUGGCUCCCUGGAUGUACGGUCAGCCUGUUUACGCAAACGUCAGCAACACCUCCUCCCAGGGUGUUCCCCUGCUCUACUCGGCCUCAGUGUCAGAUUACCCAGCCAAACAAAACAUCUCCAUGACUCCCAUCCCUUUGGGACCCAUGGCCCCACAGCAGCAGCAGCAGCCCCCUUUGCAUUCUCAAUACAUGGUUAAUGGCAGCAUGCGAAGCAGUAAUAAUAGUGGCAACCCAAUGCUGGACUACCUGGAAAACCAGGUGAGAGUGCUGGAUGUGGGACCCCCUCAAAUGGCACCACAUGCUGUCCGAAACAUGCCCCCAUUGCAGCCCCAACCCUCUCCUCCAGCUGUGCCCUACGCCCCCGGUCCGCCGAGCAUGUUGUCGGCGCUGGAUGAUAUGAGGGUGAGAGGGGUGGAAAGAAGGGUGAUCACCCUGCCUCCUAUCAUCCAGCGAGUUCCCAGCUUUUCCUCCCGCAGGGACCCUGCUGGAGACGGGGCCAGGGGCUAUCCGAGAAUGUCCAGUCAGUCUAGCGGGAGUACUAACCGAUCAGGAGGGGGCCAACGGGGAGACAGCCGUGGGUACAGAACCAGAGAGGACCUUCUGCCAAGACAGGGGAUAGUGCGCGAGUACAGCGACGAUUCGGACUGGGACAACCGGCGAGGAAGAGCAACGCACGGGAGUUCAAGGAACGAGAGGGGCAGUUCGUCCAGGAGGAGAGAGCGAGGGUCCAGGCCGCGUGCCCGAAGCCGCGACGACUUGAUGGAGGAGCUUCAAAGCAGAUCGGCAAGGAGGGAGAGGAGCUACUCCCCUCCCACGCACCACAAAGGAUCCUGGAGCUCAGAUGAGGGCAGCAGUCAGAAAAAAGGACGCAAAGUAAAGGAUUGGCCCGAGAAACCACCCAGCUACUUCGCCAGUGAGGUGCAGCCUGGUCGCAGGAACUACAGCCAUCUUUCUGUAAGAGCUUCCCCUACUGCUGACACCGAACCAGCAGUGUGUUAAAAUUUAACCUGUUUUGUCAUCGUGUUCUACUACCACCUUCAGUUUUCAGCCUUUGCCUCUUUCUUGCUUCUUUAACCUGUGUGUGCUGUGGUUUUGAAAAAAUCUGGCAUUUUAUAGCAGAGUCAUAAACAACCAGAACUACAAGCAUAAAGAUCUAUUUAAUACUCAGCUUAGUUCCACUUUGAGGAAAUGCGUCUUUCGUUGUACUUUGAAACCUGCUUCAAAGUAUGAUGACCUUUAGAACCUGCAGUGGCAAUAUCCUCUCUCAUAAGUGUGAGCAAGAAACAUAUUGAUUAUAUAGCAAUAUGCAAAUAAGUCAAUGAUAAAAACAGAAAUGUACCAAUAUUACAUGCACAUAAUAUUAACAUAUACAGUAUGUUUUGCCAGAUCUUGAGAGUAUUUGCUGCAGGGAAACUGAAAGAUACAUAUAUUUAAAAAAAAAAAGGUAAUAUGUCCUUCAUCUUAUCAUUUUUCAGCUGGAAAUAUCAGAAACAAUGAUUCUUUAAAAACUGGCUGUUACAAAUCUUGUGUCACUGUAGCAAAAAGAAUCAGUGUGUUCUUUGUGGGGAUUCACUCAGAUGCUCCUUUACUCUUGUAGAGUAGCAGACUGUGGCUUUGUUGCAGCUCUUCCCAUUGCUUCAAGUGAUAGUAUAAGCGCAUCAUCUCAAAC